AUGGCUGCGCCCAUUCAAGGAAGUGUGACUUGUGAGUUGCGUUAGUUAGGUGAGCAAAAUUUAUUAUUUUGUGGUUAACAACACUCUUUAGAAAUCUUGCACUUAUCAAUUUGUCAAGUAAGAUAUUUACAACAUGAAAGGAGGCAAAGGAGACGCAGGCGGAUCAAGGAAACGACGAAAUGAAGGACGAAACAGUUCGCCGGGAACAUCUCCAGAAACCACACCUGCGAAGGCGGGGACCACAGCGACGGAGGGUGCCGACCGGAGCGAGGCGUCGUCGGUCGAAGCUGUUGCUGGAGAUCGCAUAACUUCAACCAGUUCUCGGAGUAGUAGGAAGAGGGGAACAAAACCCCAAAAGGGUCUUCUAUCAAAAUGCUUUCAUGUUGGGAAGUAUGUAGUUCUUGUUCUGAUUUUGCCUGCCAUUCUGAACCACGCGUCACUAUACCGAGAAGCUGCAGAACUGAAACCAGAAGGUGAGCUGUAUGAUGUUGGAUGGAAUCACAAGCUGUUGCUCAACUGUGCUGGGACAGGGGCACCAACAGUUGUUCUUGAUGCGCCUACCGGUAUGACUUCAGAUGUCUGGUGCUUGAUUCAACCCAGGAUUGCUAAAUUUACACGGGUGUGUUCCUACGACCGUGCAGGGCUGGGCUUCAGUGAAAGAACACCAAUGAAUUUUUCAUCAGAGUCUUACACAGUUGUUAAUAAAGAAAGAGGACAGCCUAGCACUGUAGAAAGGAUGUCCACAGAUCUGUUUCAUCUGUUGAGACUAAGCAGUGACCAGCCGCUACCAUUUAUCAUGGUUGGGUCUGAACUUGGUUCCAUAAAUGCUAGGUUCUUCACCCAGAUGUAUGAAAGCACUGUGUCGGACCUUGUUCUUGUUGAUCCCUUAGUGGAAGGAAUAUUUGAGCUUGACGAUGGAAUAUGGAGCAGCUUCUGGUUUGAUCACCUGUUGCCUUCAUUCCAAUCCCUUCAACUCUCUGCUGCCAUUGGUCUAUCCAGGAUUGUCUUGUUGCUAGGUCUGAUGGAGCAGCCAAUCACAGGCCAGGUUAUUCCAGAGAAGGUCGUCUUGAGACAAAAAUAUUUGCUGUGUCAGCCACGCCACCUGAGCUCCAUUGUCGAUGAGCAUUAUUUCAUCAACGAAAGUCUGUCACAGCUGAGAACGGCCUUCCAAGUGAAGCCUUUUCCUGAAUCUGUGUCUGUGACGGUCAUUACUGGCAACUACUACGAUGAACAAUUACCUAGCUCACUCAACAAGGUAUGGGCUAAAUCUCAGCAACGCUUGAUGUCUGAAGCUCAUCCCAAUGCUAAACACAUUCUGAUUAAUGGUGCUGAUCAUCAUAUGUUGUAUCGGAACCCUAAUGCCAUCGUUGAACCGGUACGGAAACUGGUUAAGCAAUGGCGGGCCAGGAAUAACGAGGCAUAUCAGAAGAGCUUACAGACAAGCGAGGAUUCACAACAGAAUAGAAACCAGGAGAGUAAAACAUCAUGAUGACCUAUUUUAAAUUAGGACAUUUCUUUAUUCCAUUCACAAAAUCUUGUGAAUAAUUAGUUUUUUACAAUUCAAACAAACUGAGAUUUGUCUACUUUCUUGAUAAGUUCUUUGUAAAGUCCAAGUUCUUCACCUUUCGACCCAAGAUAACACCAGUUGUUGCUACCUUUUGAGAACUGGUUUUUUUUUUAUCUCUGUAUAAUGUUAUAACUACUGGUAAGACUUCAUAUACGGAAAAUUUGUGUUUUUUCAUUCAAUUUUUUUGUCAUUCAAGUUGUGAAAUAAUUUUAACAGACAUUCGUGUUAUUUAUAGUUUACAUGAACCAAAAUUAUGAAAUGCAGUGAACAAAAUUAAGUACAUGUACAAUGGAUUAAGUAGAGUUACCUAGGGAAAAAGUUGUAUUGCUGAUUCAGAGCGGUUUAUUUAUUUUCUGCCGAACAGUUCAUCAUUCUGGGCUUUGGGGGCAUUCUAUUACCCUUUUUUUUUUACCCCCCCCCCCAUCAAAAAGAGAAUGUUUUGCCUUAAAGUGGAGACUUAAGUUGCUAAAUUUUGAUUCAAGACUUUGUAAUGAAUCCAAAAAAAAUAGCAGAUAAUAAUCAUACACAGUGACUGUAUUAUUUUAAUUAUUUGAUUUUAGCCAAUGAUUUUAUCUUUGAAAUAAAAGCAAGUUGGAUUUUCUUUCUAAGAAA